UGGGCCUCUCCCCGCCAUGGAAGACGGGACAAGAGGAGCCGCUUGAGCUCCACAUGCAUGCAGCAAAACAGUGACCCAAUCAGUUCUUCCUCAGCUUUUUAAACUGCAUAUCAUAUAGAUUUUCUCUGAUAUAACCAGGAAAUUUCAACCUAAACGCCUUCAUCGCCAUGGGAGCAGUAGUAAAGCAGCAAGCUCCAUUCAUAUCUGGGAAAGCUCGUCUCGUUUGAUAUCUUCUUGCUUUCAUCAGAAGCAUUCUCUUGUGUUGGUCAACCGUGUCGACAACGAGGAGGAGGAGGAGGAGGAGGUGAAAGGGCCUGGCGAUGAGGAGGAUCAGAGUCACCGUUUCCACUGUUUCACUGUUCUUCUUAGCUUUUCUUACAGCCGGUCUCUCGCCUGACGGCAAAGCUCUGCUAGCUCUGUUGCCUGCCGGCGCCUCCCACGGCCGGGAGCCGCUGCCGUCGUGGAACCCUUCCGAUCCCACUCCCUGCGCUUGGCGUGGUGUCUCCUGCACCCCCGAUGGCAGAGUCAUCUCCCUCUCCCUCGCUCACACCUUCCUCAACCUCACCUCCCUCCCGCCGGAGCUCGGCGCCCUCUCCUCCCUCCAGCUGCUCAACCUCUCAUCCGCCAACAUCUCCGGCGUCAUCCCACCGGCGCUCGGCGCCCUCUCCUCUCUCCGCAUCCUCGACCUCUCCUCCAACUCCUUGUCGGGCACCAUCCCGCCGCAGCUAGGCUCGAUGGCCGGCCUCCAGUUCUUCCUCCUCGACUCCAACCGCCUUUCUGGUGGCAUCCCCCCGGCCUUGGCCAACCUCACCUCCCUUCAGGUCCUCUGCCUCCAGGACAACUCCCUCAACGGCUCCAUCCCCUCCCAACUCGGCUCCUUGCGCGCCCUCCAGCAGCUCCGCGUCGGCGGCAACCCCGGCCUCUCGGGCCCACUCCCGCGGCAGCUCGGCCUGCUUACCAACCUCACCACCUUCGGCGCCGCCGCCACCAGCCUCUCCGGCACCAUCCCCCCGGAGUUCGGCAACCUCGUCAAUCUCGAAACUUUUGCCCUCUAUGACACCGACGUCUCCGGUCCUCUACCGCCGGAGCUGGGCUCCUGCUCCGAAUUGAGGAACCUUUAUUUGCACAUGAACAAAAUCACCGGCGUCAUCCCCCCUGAGCUGGGCAAGCUGCAGAAGCUCACCAGCCUGCUCUUGUGGGGGAACUCUCUCACAGGGACGAUCCCCAUCUCGCUCUCCAACUGUUCCGCAUUGGUAGUCCUCGACUUGUCCGCGAACAAGCUCGCCGGCGAGGUUCCCGGCGAGAUAGGGAGGCUGGACUUUCUGGAGCAACUGCAUCUCUCCGAUAACAUGCUCACAGGUUCCAUCCCAGAGGAGUUGAGCAACUGCAGCAGUCUGACAACAUUGCAACUCGACAAGAAUGCCCUGUCUGGUUCCAUACCUUGGCAAAUUGGGAACUUGAAAUCCUUGGAGAGCCUCUUCCUGUGGGGCAACUCGUUGUCGGGGACGAUUCCGGUGUCUUUCGGCAACUGCACGGAGCUGUAUGCCCUAGACUUGUCCCAGAACAGCCUCACAGGAUCCAUCCCGGAGGACAUUUUUACGCUGAACAAACUCAGCAAGCUCCUCCUGUUGGGCAAUUCAUUGACAGGGCCACUGCCUUCGAGUGUUUCAAACUGCCAAUCUUUAGUCAGGCUGAGGCUCGGAGAGAACCAGCUCUCUGGUAAGAUCCCUAACGAGAUCGGGAAGCUGCAAAAUCUGGUGUUCUUGGACCUUUACAGAAACCAUUUCUCAGGGGAGUUGCCUUCAGAGAUCGCGAAUAUCGCUGUCUUGGAGCUGCUCGAUGCCCACGACAACCGUUUAACCGGAGAAAUCCCUCCUCGACUAGGGGAGCUGAUAAACCUAGAACAGCUCGACCUGAGCAAGAACGGCUUCACCGGAGAAAUCCCAUCGCGCUUUAGUAACUUCAGUUACUUGAAUAAGCUCAUCCUGAAUGACAAUUUCCUCACCGGUGCGUUGCCCAAAUCUAUCAGGAACUUGCAGAAGCUGACCUUGCUGGAUGUAAGUGGUAAUCGCCUAUCAGGUCCUGUUCCUCCUGAGAUUGGUUUCUUGACCAGCCUAACCAUUAGUCUCAACUUGAGCUCCAACCGCUUCACCGGAGCAAUCCCGCCGGAGAUGUCUGGCCUGACGCAGUUGCAAUCCUUGGACCUCUCAGACAAUACGUUCACUGGAGGAAUUCAAGUCUUGGGGUUGCUCACUAGUCUUGCCUAUCUGAACAUCUCAUUCAACAAUUUCUCCGGACCAAUUCCGGCAACUCCAUUUUUUCAAACUCUAUCACCCAACUCCUACCUUCAUAACCCAAACCUCUGUCAGUCUUCUGAUGGAUUUACUUGCUCUGAUCAAGCACGGAGAAUUGCUGUUAGGACAGUUAAAAUUGUGGCUCUUACAUGUGUCCUUUUGGGUUCUAUCACUCUUUUGUUUACAGUUAUAUGGAUCUUCAUAAACAGAAACAGAAGAUUCACUGUCGAAAACUCUGAGUUCGAUGACUUCUCGUAUCCAUGGACCUUCAUCCCAUUUCAGAGACUGAACUUCACAGUCGACGACAUUCUCAUGUGUCUGAAGGAUGAAAAUGUCAUCGGAAAAGGUUGCUCUGGCAUUGUCUACAAAGCCGAAAUGCCCAAUGGGGAACUCAUUGCUGUGAAGAAGCUUUGGAAGACAAAGAAGGAAGAUGAUCUGGUCGAUCCGUUUGAGUCUGAGAUUCAAAUACUCGGGCAUAUCAGACAUCGAAACAUCGUUAAGUUGUUAGGUUACUGCUCCAACAAGUGUGUCAAGCUCCUCCUCUACAACUACAUCUCCAAUGGCAAUCUGCAACAGCUUUUGCAAGAGAAUACAAGUCUGGAUUGGGAGACAAGGUACAAGACUGCACUUGGAUCAGCACAAGGUUUAGCCUAUCUCCACCAUGACUGCAUUCCUUCAAUUCUUCACAGGGAUGUGAAGUCUAACAAUAUACUCCUAGAUUCCAAAUUCGAAGCGUAUUUGGCCGACUUUGGCUUGGCGAAGUUGAAGGAUUCGCCAAGUUACAACCAUACUGUGUCAAGGAUUGCAGGUUCUUAUGGCUAUAUGGCACCAGAAUAUGGAUACACAGCAAAUAUCACAGAGAAGAGCGACGUAUACAGCUACGGCGUGGUCCUCCUAGAGAUCCUAAGUGGGCGAAGUGCGGUUGAAUCGGCGGGUAAUGACAGUCUUCACAUAGUCGAAUGGGUGAACAAGAAGAUGGGUAGUUUUGAGCCUGCAAUCAACAUCUUGGAGCCAAAGCUGCAAGGCCUGCCUGAUCAAAUGGUGCAGGAGAUGCUUCAGACACUCGGCAUUGCCAUGUUAUGCGUGAAUUCAUCACCGGCGGAGCGCCCCACCAUGAAGGAGGUGGUGGCAUUGCUGAAGGAAGUGUCUAGCCCAGGUGAAGGAGGAGGGAACACUUCUGAACAGCCUCUUCUGAAACCUGAGUAAUGGCCGAUGAACGAUAUAUCUUUCCUUUCUCUACACCUCCUUUCCUUUUUAGCUUAUUUGAGUUGAAGAUUGAUGAUUCUUCUUUCUUCCCAGAAGAAAUGGAAGGACUCCUAGAGUUAUUCUGAUGCUUGCUUUGGCAUUAUUGUCCAGUUGCUUUGUGAGCAUUGAAGAUUAAACUAGUCUACCUUCCAUGUUUGCAGCAAAUGAUUUUUCUCUGUUAGCAGUAGAGCUUAUUGUUUAA